GGUAAUUUAUCCCAGUGAAAAUAAGUAACUUUUUUAGGUUAUCCAAGGUAAUCUACACAUGCUGUUAUGUAUGACGAUUUUAUGUAACUAUUUAUAUGUACCUGUACCUGAAUAAAGUUACUAAUUUCGUGUUACUAUAUAAGACAGUGUUAGUGAGUCACAAGUGUUGCUGGAGUCAGUAAUAUUGUCAGUGUUAACAAGGACACAACCACAUGUGCCUUAAUUACCUUCAUUAUUAACAGUAUUUUUUUACCUGGCAGUGACAAGGACGUUGAUUCUCACUAACAACUGUUGUUACAACUGAACUAACAUUAAUAACUCUUAGUUCAGUCAUCACAAACCCAACAAACUACAUCUAUCAUCAAGACCUUCAUUAGCCUCUAAUUAAACAAAUACAUUAUUAUAUUUUUGGUAUUUGUUGUCUUGGUACAGCAUGAGGAUUAUAGACAAUAUUUUCACUUUUAUUUUCGUAAUAAUAGUAUGUCAUGCUGUUGUUGAAGGUGAAAUUGAGGAGCAACACAAGAAACCUGUUAGUCAAGUUAAACUUUUCCAAAGUUUGUUUCAGCAGAGACGGGCAGAACACAAAGCUGCUUGUGAAACAAUAAUGAACAUGGGGAAUUUCAUAAAACAGCAAAAAAUGGUGGACAUCCUUGCAAGAAAAGCAUUUGAGGUAUUGGGACAAAAUCAAGUGACGUUAAGAGAGGCAGGUUACAUCCCAGGAAUGGAUUUCCCUGAAGAUGAGAAAGUACGUGAUGGUACUGUGCGGUAUGACCCUAUGGGUGUGGCACUGCUCCAGGAAUAUAAUAAUAAUACUGCUUUUAAUAGCAUGAUCUCUGACCCAUGGAAUUUGCACUAUCAUACUGCAUUGUAUUUAUUUAUUUUUUAUUUGGACAUGAUGCAUAGUUGUACAAAGAAAUAUAGUAGUUGGGUGUACAUGCCAAAAGCCCCUUGUAUGCAGAGCAUUAUGGGCAGGCUUAAAAUUAACUUAAGAUUAACUAAGUAAUGAUAUAUUCUGUGGUAAAAAUUACAGUCAACAAAUUACAACAUGAAGUACAAAUGAGUAUUUCAAAUAAGAAGCAUUAAAGUUAUACAAAUCUGUAGCAUAACAUUGUAUAAUAUAAUUGAAUCAGAUCGAGUAAAAUCAAUGAUUUGUAGUGCAGAAACAGGUCAUGUGGUCAUUAGAUGUGUUACUGAACAUUCAAGGGAAUGGAGUAUUACAUUACAUAAUGUAGUUAAAAAAAAACAUGGUUUGAUAGGGUCACAGGUUAUACAUUUAUGAGAUUCAGUUAUUUAGUAUUUGUUUAGUUGUGGUUGAGUGUACAUUAUAAGUACUGAAGAGGGUCUCGAACUCUGAAAUAUACAGAUCCUGUGUCCUGUAUUGUAUUUUUGGUAUUUAUUUGUAGUAGUAUAUUAUGACCUGAGAGUAAGAAAGACUAUUUAUUGGUGUCUGGAAUACAACCUUGUUUUUCCAUAUAUCUAUAAAAUUUUAUUUGUGCGUCUUUCCAUAAAUGUAUUUCCAGCACAGAUCAAGAGCUUAGUAUACAGUAUUCAAAAUGUUCAAAGUUUACAUUAAAAAUGUUACACAGGGUACAUUAAUUAAAUUGCACAUUUAUUCAUCUUUCAUUCUCGUGUUCAUAUUUAUGUACUGUACCUUGUCAUCUUCUAGUUUGCUAUUUCAUCGUUAAUUAUAAGUAGUACAGUGUGGUGUCUCAUUCUGUUGAUGAGGUUUUAUUCAGAAGUGAAUGUGGAAAUAAGUAAUGAUGUACUAUUUGAUUUUCUGGGACUAAUAUAGGUGUAUAUAUUUAACAUCAAUUUAUGAAUAUAAGAAUGAUGUCUCCCUUUUAAAUUAAUAAAUGUGCAAGUCUAAGCCAGAUAUAGUGAACCUGAAUAAAAUGUUGUUAUUAUUACAUGUAUAUAACUGAAUCUGUUGUGUAUUAAUGUCAGCAAGGCAUGGACAGAUUCAGGAAUUGUCCAAGGGAAGGCUGUCCUAUGUAUCAAGGAAGGGGCAUAAUAGCCCACUAAAGGCAUAAUUUUUUAUGAAUUAGUAUUUUUUAAUGCCAUAUGUUGAUUUUUAUACCAAAAGUAACAAUAUCUUUAUUUACUACAAGUACAUGUACAUGGUAUACAGGCCUAGCUGACAUCAAUGACAUACUACUAUAUAGAAAGCCCCUUGCUAUGCUGAGCAUUUCAGACAAAUUAGGUCAGUUUUGUCCCAGGAUGCGACCCACACCAGUCCACUAACACCCAGGUACCCAUUUUAAACUGAUGGGUGAACACGGACAGGGACAGCAGGUGUCUUAUGGAAACACGUGGUUCACACUUACACUCACUCACUCAUUUGACCAUAAACAGAAAUAUUAAUCUCAAUCUUAAAAUAAUGAAUCCUGUGAUACUCCAAUACUGAAACUAUGUACUGUGCCAAAACAAAAGCAUUCACAUUGCUAAACUCACAAACUAGUAUUUAGUCACUUAGCCAUAAUACCAACUUACCUCAUAAUUUGUAAUAUUUUACAAUUAAGAAUAAAACUAAGUAUGCCCGAAAUGCCUAGCCAUGCUAAGCGUUCUAGUGGUACACUCUGUAAUUGCAAUUUUACUACAUGUAAACCACACAAUAACCAAAUUUCUGUAAACUCAGCAUUGUAAUCCUUAUAGAGAAUAAACUUUGAAUUUGAAUUUGAAUUUGAAUAAUGUUUUCCAGCUGUACCGGAAGAGAUUCAAACCCCGGACCUCAGUGUGUGAGCUGAGCUACGGAACACAUGAGUAAUAACUCUGCAAAUUGAAAGAUUUUAUUUUGGCCCCCAAAAAAAGUAUCUUUCAGAGAGGCCAUGAGAGAAAGCCAUGGCCCCCUGGCUGCCCUUGGAUUCACCCCUGCAGUAUGGCCUUAAUUUCAGUAUGCAGAGUAAUAACAAAAUUUCAGUUUGUCAAAUCCCUACAUACAUACUGUGUUUGAUUUCAUAUGUUAAUACAGUACAAACACAGUAUUUUAUAAUAAGAGAUGCCAUUGUUGUCAUCCUUGUGUGUGUGUACUUGCCUGUUUGUGGUUUUAGGUGUUAGUCUUAGCUCCUGGCCCCCACCUCUCAUCUUGCUGCUUGCCAAAUUGACACUCUUCUAGCCUCUUGAACCCUAUGGUACCUGUUCUUAAAAUUGUGUGGAGGCUGCCUUCAACACUGCUUCAUCAAGGUCAUUCCACUUCCCAACCACCCUGAGGUUGAAAAAAUACUUCUGACAUCCCUGUGACUCGUCUGCAUCUUCAUCUUCCGGUUGUACCCAUGAGUACCUGUUUCCUGUCUCUCAAACAGCCUGUCCUUGUUUGCCACAUCAUUUCCUCUGAGUAUUUUGUAUAUUAUCAUGUCUCCCCUGGUCUUUCUGUCUUCCAGGGUUGUUUGAUUCAAUUCCUUUAGCCUUUUCUCAUAGCUCGUGCCACUUAGCUCUGGAACUAGUUUCAUUGCAUGCCUCUGUGCUUUCUCCAUUUUCUUAACUUGUUUCCUCAGGUGUGGGUUCCAUACUGGUGCUGCAUACUCCAAGAUGUGUGUGUUUAUGUAAUCACAUUUUUAUCUGCUCCUUCAAGGGAAUGCCUUGAUUUUAGCAAAAGGCUCUUGAUCUAAGAAUUUUGAGCUCCACUUCCCUUCCUUGCAUCAGGCUUGAUUUUCCAUCAUCCCUCCCAUUUCCCAUGUCCUGUAUUAAGGAUUUAGAGCUUCCUUUUUUGUUGUUUAACACACCAGCCAUCUCCCACCCCACCAAGGAAGGCUAAAAAAAAAAAAAAAAGAAGAAAUGCUUUCACACAGUUUUUCUUCUUUUUAUAUUUAGUAAUUUAUACAGGCGGCAUUUUAGUCGCCUCUUAUGACACGCGUGGUUUACAGAGGAGGAAUUCUUCUUCACUUUCUCUUGGAUUUGGAGCUUCCUUAUAAAUAUAAUU